ACUUCAUCAUAAAACCAAAAAAUUUACCUAAAAAGUGAUUAUGAAAGGAGACCAAAUCUAAACCUCCCAAAUCCUCAAUCUAGACAACAAAACCAGACAACCCACUGUCAGAAAAACACACACUCCCAUUCCUCAACAUUCAACAACCAACCAUGGCAGAAGAACAACAAAAACAAUCAAUAGUAUUAUUCCCAUUCAUGGCACAAGGUCACAUAAUCCCAUUCUUAGCCUUAGCCCUCAACCUCGAACAAAAAUCCAAAAACUACAACAUCACCAUCAUCAACACCCCUCUCAACAUCCAAAAACUUCAACCUUCUCUCCCACAAAAUUCCUCCAUCAAACUCAUCACCAUCCCUUUCAUCUCUUCCGACCAUAACCUCCCUCCCAACAUAGAAAACACCGACACUGUACCUUACAACCUCGUCAUCAAACUCAUCGAAGCUUCCCUUUCCCUCAAAUCACCCUUCAAAAACAUCAUCAAAAACAUCCUCAACCAACAAAAACAGCCUCAACAACAACAACAUAAAAUCUGCAUUAUUUCUGAUAUUUUCUUCGGCUGGACUUCAACCGUCGCUAAAGAACUCGGUGUUUUCCACGUUAUUUUCAGUGGAUGCAGUGGCUACGGUUUAGCUUGUUACUAUUCUCUAUGGAUGAAUCUCCCUCACCGCUUCACAGACUCUGAUGAAUUUCCUUUACCAGAUUUUCCAGAAGCGCGUUUGAUUCAGAGAAAUCAGUUACCGAACAAUAUCUCACAAGCGGAUGGUUUCGACGAUUGGUCGGUAUUUCAACGCAAGAAUCUCUCUGACUGGGUUAACUCGGAUGGGAUCAUAUUCAACUCGGUUUCAGAUUUCGACUCGGUUGGACUCAACUACUUCGUGAAAAAGCUCAAGAUCCCGGUUUGGCCGAUCGGACCGGUUGUUCUUUCCGGUUCACGAGGGAAAGAAGGUGAAAUAAACCCUAGUUUUUACAAAGAAUGGCUCGAUUCAAAGCCGUUGAACUCGGUUUUAUUCGUUUGUUUUGGAUCCAUGAACACGAUUUCAUCUGAUCAAAUGAUGCAACUUGGAAUCGCGUUGGAGAAAAGUGGAGAAAAUUUCAUCUGGGUAGUGAGGCCACCGAUUGGGUUUGACAUAAACUCGGAAUUCAAGCCUGAAGAGUGGUUACCAUCAGGGUUUAUGGAGAAGAUGGUAGAAACAAAGAAGGGUAUAAUAGUAAAUAACUGGGCUCCACAAGUUGAGAUUUUGUCACAUGUGUCAGUUUCUGCGUUUCUGAGUCACUGUGGUUGGAACUCGGUGUUGGAAUCGUUGAGUCAUGGGGUGCCGAUUCUUGGGUGGCCUAUGGCGGCUGAACAGUUUUUUAACUGUAAGCUGUUGGAGGAAGAGAUUGGUGUUUGUGUUGAGGUUGCUAGAGGGAAGAGCUGUGAGGUGAAGAAUGAGGAUAUUGUUGAGAAGAUUGAGUUGGUUAUGGGUGAGAGGAGUGAAAAAGGGUUGAAGAUUAGAGAGAAUGCUUGUAGGGUUAGGGAGAUGAUAAAGAAUGCUGUGAGAGAUGGAAAUGGAGAUGGGUUUGAGGUUAAGGGUUCAUCUGUUAGGGGUAUUGAUGAGUUUUUAGGAGCUGCUUGGAAGAGUGAUAAGGUGAUAGUGAAUGAAUGAUUUGUGUUUGGAGAUUAGAAAUUUGAGUAUCUAUUUUCAUGAAAAUUGUGAUGUGAGUGCAAUGAAAUGACAUGAUUGUUUUUUUUAGUAAUGAUGUGCAAGUGUUUUACUACUUUGUUUAUGCUUAUAGACGUCAAAGAGGAAUACAACUGGUUUCUAUUUCUAUUUGAGUGACAAAAAUGCAACUGGUGGGUUUAUGUGGGUAAAUCUUUCACACCAAAAUUUCUUUUCAUUUUAU